AUGCUUGCUCGAGCAUCCCUUCUUCGCACAACCAUCCCCCGCUACACUUCAAACCUUCGACAGUUUUCCACCACAAAGCCCAACAUGGUCAAGAUUCUCGCUGUCCUCUACACCGCCGGCAAGUACGGCGAGGAGCAGCCUCGUCUGCUCGGCACCGUCGAGAACAAGCUCGGCAUCGCUGAUUGGCUCAAGGAGCAGGGCCACGAGUUCGUUGUCACCGCCGACAAGGACACGCCCGACUCGGAGUUCCGCAAGCACGUCAAGGAUGCCGAGAUCGUCAUCACGACGCCCUUCCACCCGGCUUACCUCACCGCCGAGGUGCUCGAGUCGGCCAAGAGCCUCAAGUGCUGCAUCACCGCCGGCGUCGGCUCGGACCACGUCGAUCUGGAUGUGGCCAACAAGAGGAACAUCUCGGUGUACGAGGUGACGGGCUCCAACGUAGUGUCGGUGGCGGAGCACGUCGUCAUGACCAUCCUCGUUCUCGUGCGCAACUUUGUGCCCGCCAACCGACAGUACCUCGAGGGUGGCUGGAACGUCGCCGAGGUGGCACGCCAGUCGUACGACCUCGAGGGCAAGGUGGUGGGCACGCUGGGCUCGGGACGCAUCGGCUCGCGUGUUCUUCAGCGCUUGAAGCCGUUCGACUGCGCCAAGCUCACGUACUACGACUACCAGCGCAACGAGCAGCUCGAGAAGGACACGGGCGCAAAACGCGUCGAGGACCUCAAGCAGUUCCUGGGCGAGCUCGACGUGCUCACCAUCAACUGCCCGCUCUACGAGGGCACCAAGGGCCUCAUCAACGCCGAGAAGCUCUCGUGGAUGAAGAAGGGCGCUUGGAUCGUCAACACUGCGCGUGGUGCUAUCGUCAACGCUGCCGACAUCCGUGCGGCGCUCGAGAGCGGACACAUUGCAGGCUACGGCGGCGACGUCACCGACCGACAGCCGCCCGAGCCCUCGCACGACUUCUACCACAUGAAGAGCGCCGUCAAGUACGAGCACGGCGUCGGCGGUAAUGCCAUGACCCCCCACAUCUCGGGCACCUCCAUCGACGCCCAGGCGAGAUACGCUGCCGGUGUCAAGGAGAUCCUCACCAACUACUUUAGCGGCAAGCCCCAGACCCCCGCCAACAUCAUUGUGGAGGGUGGAGAUUAUGCCACCAAGGCGUACGGCCAGCGCAAGUGA